AUGGAUAUUGAAGAAGAAGAUUCCCCUCCUACUGAUAUAAACCUUACAGCCUGCCUGGUGCUGAACCAACGCGAUGACGAGCAGCUCGGGUUUGACUUCGUGAGCUUUCCCGAACGCGGCGAGGUUCUAGGCGUCGUGAACCUCGCCCCCGGAGCACAUUUCGUAUACGUUAAGGAAGGCGAACCCAACGAUGAGGUUGAGCGUCCUCUAGGCGAGUUUAUCUACAUUCUGCAAGGUAAAUGUGCUGUACUUAAAAGGAGCAAGAGUGACGAGGGGCCACUUUUUGAGUCAUUGGGGGAGGACGAAGCUCGUAACUAUCACUCUGCCCUAGUGGCCGGACACUUUCACGGAAAGCUGUCACGUAUACCAGAACAGCUGCAACAAUUAUGGCGCGACAUGACGGAAUACAUCACACCGGAUGUGAUCCGCCUCCUGCGUCCCAUUGUGAAAACACGUAGGGACGAAAGUAAAACGAAUAAGACCAUAGAACGGUCAGAGGGAGUUAAUGUGAAUACUGUUACACCGAUGGAAUCUGCUGAUAGUGCCGAAAGUGGGAAACUUAUCGUGGCUAACAGUGACGAAUCAGAAUGUACAAAGUUGCAUUCAACCGGGGAAGGCGCUACUAAUGCUGUGCAACCCUUAUCUAUCGCAUCCGUUACAAAUAAUGGAGAGGACACAGCUGAUGACUACAGGGGCAUUGUUCGUCGUAUGAAAGAUUUGAAAAAUCGAUCUGGCUUACUUUGUGAAACAUUUCAACAAAAGGUAGAUGAUGGAACCAAAGGCACAGAUAGAAUGGUUCCUGCUCCGGAUUCUACAGUGCAUGACCAUGAGAUAAUACCAGAGAUGCAGACCAAGGAACCGACUAGUUCCGAUAGGUUGCUUGAAUGGGAGGCUCCUAGGGACCAGUGUACGAUUUACUAUUCUGACCUACAGAAAGUGAACCGUGAGAUGAACCUGAGCAAAGAUAUAACCCCGUCAGGGAUUACGGCAUUACAUUUGGACACGACACACGUGCUCGAUUCUAUCGUAUCGUAUCACCUUGGAAAGGAUACUUAUUUAUCGAAACCGGAAAAAUGUGAACCACAAGGUGAAGGUACUGGUGGUUGGAAAUAUGCCUGUGUAUUGGGUGAGUACCAAUAUGCAUUUUGUGUAUUUAUGCUGAAUUUCCAUUACGUGUCAUUUGAGCAUUGGAAGAAUCUAUUUCGCAUUUUGUGCAACGCCGAAUCAUUUAUCCUUGACGAUGUUGAGAAUUCUAAGAAAGUUUUAAAGGUAAUUAAGUUACACUUGGAAACGUUUGAAUCUGACCUCUAUGACCCUGGUAACUUUUUCGCAUAUCAUUUGAGUUCAUUGUACGAGAUCAUUACGGAUAACCAGCCGCACUGCGCGUGUUUACUCGAGCCAUUCCAGGCUAUACGGGAUACAUUUAAGUUGAAAUUUGGCAUCUCUCUGGAGGAUAUCCAUUUUCUGCACGAUGGAGUUCAGGUCGUGGAUACAUGA